AUGGGUGUAUUCGAAGCUUUAUUCUUGUUGUUUGCGUCUCAGGCGUUGGCCGCGCCUGUCGAUAGCCAAGAGGGCACAAAGAAUGCCGCCGGCCAGAAUGGCAUCCUGCACCUACCUUUGGUCCCUAUCGCAAGAGAAGUCGAUGCCAGAGAUAUUGCGAAGCGUGAAAUCUCAACUCCUGUUGACUAUUUCAAAUAUGAAGGACCUAAACCAGCCACGUCUGUGGGCAUCGUUUUGGAGAUCGGGCAACCGCCGCAAAAGGUCAUCGUGGAACCAGACACUGGAUCGUCGAAAUUUUGGGUACUAGGUGUAAAGCCUGGCGAUAACCGCGGGGGUAACGGGUCUACUUAUUUUGACAUGAAACUCAGCACCUCUCUGCAAGACUUGAAGAAAGAUGAUGGGGCUGCUUAUGGCGGUGGAUCGGAGCGUGUGAAUUAUGCCCUGGUUACAGAUGAAGUGUCUUUCGGAGGUACAUCGUUGGGCAGCAUGCAAUUCGGUGUGGGCAAUUUGUCCAGUCCUCACACAAGCUUGGGACGCAAUGUCGGCAUAAUGGGUUUACUACCCAACCCAAAGGUUAAGGAUUUUAUUCUUGACAAGCUCUUGGAAAAAAAUUUGGUCAAGUCUCGAGCCUUCAGCUUUAGCCUGCGCGAAAAGGGUAAAGGGGCUCUCUCCUUUGGCGGAUAUGACACUAGCAAGUUCUCUGGUCCCCUUGAGAAGUUCGCUAUGCAGCCAAGCGACAACAAGCACUUUAUUAUUCAAGUCCAAUCUGUACUUUUCAACAAUGGUACUACUAAUAGUACAGUCUUGCUGGGCAAACAGGGCAAUUCAGGCAAAACGUUAACUAUGGGUUUAGACUCCGGAGCCCCGGCUUUACAGGUUUCUAUGGAUGUGGCUAAAGAAUUUGCGGAGAGGAUGGGGGGCGCCUGGAAACGCCUCGGCCGAAUUAUGGAGUUUCCAUGCGAUGCUGUUGACGCCAAAGCUUCAAUAGACUUCAAGAUGAGUGAUGAGACGACCGUUUCGAUACCUCUUUUAGAUUUAGUUACGAGCCGACUUGAUAAUGGCAAAACUUGUCAAUUGGCUGUUCAAGCGGGCAAAUCCCCUGCUGAUCUGUGGACUGGCGGUCACUUUUUGCGCAGGUCUAUGGUUGUUUAUGAUCCGGACAAUGCCAGCAUGUACGUCGCUCGAGGGGCGGAUUGUGGCUCGAGCCUUGUCGCUAUUGACGGUAAAAUGCCAGACAAUGUGGUUGGCAAGUGCAACGCAAAGGUUCCUGACUCACCGGCAGGCGGGCCUCCGACGACUACGGACAAGCCAAUUGGCAAUAUUUGCAGAGGAGGCCAAUUAUACUCGUGUUACACCAAAACGUCUGCUGCCUCGGUCGACUUGGGCCUUGAUGCCGUUGCGGUUGGCCGGCCUCCAUCUGAUUACGCAGACGGACGAGGAACAGCCUGGGCCAGGUGUCUGGACUCUUUCCCACGAAGUUGCCAUGGCCGAGGUCGUUUGAAGCGAUUUGCAUCACUAGGGCAGCCACGGAGGCCGUCCCAGACGAUCAUCCAGACCGGGGUGGACAGUUAUAUGUCCUUGGAGUCCUACUCGGUCAAAGACUUCUGGGGUACUAGGGCGCCCGAGGACAUCGGCUAUGCUGUUCAUGCUUGUAGAGCGGCAGUAUCCGGCACCGCAGACGACGAUCCAAAGCGGCCACUACUACGCUUAGACAGUCUUGGCCUCCAUCUCGGCGUCAAAGACUCCCAUACCAUAGCAGCUAUCCCGGACAACGACCCAAACCGAGCUAAGUUUUUGGAUAACCUCCAAAUCAGCUCGCUCAUAAGUCUAUACACGCUUGGGAAACAGUGCCUCUGA